AUGUCAGCUACAUCUGGAGACUUUAGGAGGAAAAGGAGAAGAGAAAGCGGUCGAGAACCGGAGGUCAUAAAUUUAUCGGACGAUGACGACUCUGUUAUAGAUCUAACCAACGAACAAAAUAGUCAACAUAGCAAUCAAACGCGGCGUUCGCAACCACCACCACGCGUGAGAUUUGGGGGUGACGAGCCUACUGGAAUUAUACAAUCUCCAGCAAGGUCUCCCUCAGGGCAAGGACAUGUUCACCCAGAGCGACGAGUAAGGUUUCGAGAAGACGAGAAUGACAGCGAUGACGAAAUAGAGAUUAUAUCCAUCAAUACCACACCAAAUUCAAGACACGACCACUUCGAUACAAACAGACCAUACAACGAUACGGCGCGUAGGGCAAACCGUGCUAGUAGUUCAAAUGCACUUCCGGACAACUACUUUGAUUUGAGUUUACCUGGUGAACCAGAUUCUCUGUUGUCGACCGAUCAUUUACCGACCACGCAUAUCGAUACGCCAUCGGGGUAUAUUGAGUACCAGCCCGAUCCCAACUUGACACAAAGCCAACAUUCACUACAGCGAUCUCAGGAAGAUCAAUCUUUACCGCCACGUAAUGUCAGAAGGCGAGUUGGGCGCGUUCCUGUCGCUCGUAGCUCACGCGGCAGUCGGCUUCCCCCUCCACAUCGACAAACUUUAACACGUCGAAUUCAAAUACCACCAGGAGGUUCACAUAGUAUGCAUUUUCACGUUUUAGAGAACGACGGUGUACGACCAGGUACUGGUGUUGGAAGGCAGAAUAGAGGUAGGGGUCGUGGUGCCCACAAUCAACGUCAACCUCCCAGACCCACUAGGCGUAGCUCAUUAUAUGCACACGGUGCCAUUCCCGAUUUUGUGAGAAUCAAUUUCAAUCUUUCUGAUUUGAUACCAGAUGUUUUUUUCCACAAUAUGCCUGGAAGAGACAUGCUGUCUGAAGCUUUUGAAAACAACAUAAUGCAAAGAAUUGAGGAAGAUAAUAAUAGAACGGCAAAUGCAAUCAUGGAAAGGGAAUCGAAUUAUAAUAGAAAAUCAAUGGCAGAGAAGCAAAAACUUGCUGAAGCUGAGAAUGCCAAAGGCACGCACACAAACAAAAUCAGUGCUGAUGAUAACCUUGUUUGUGAAUUGUGCAGUGUUUGUUUAGGAGAGGGAGCUCCUGAAGAGUUUAAAGGAGACCCGAAAUACGAUUUAAAUUUUGCCAAGUAUGCUGAAGAAUACCAAACUCAAGCACCGUGGUUUUGCGUUAACCCAUUCACUGACGCUGAUCAUGAUUUGAGCAAGAGAGUAUUUGCUUCUAAAUGUGGCCAUACGUUUUGUGGAAGGUGUGUCAAGAAUAUCGCAGGACGACCUUCGAGGAAGCCAAAAGAUGCCCCAUCAGGUUUCACUAUAAAGAAUCCUAGCAUAUUUGCUCCAACAAAGUGUCCUGCUAAGGAUUGUGGCAAGAAAUUCGUAUCAAAGGCGUUCACUGAAGUAUUCUUUUAG